AUGUCAAGACCUUCGCUUUCGUCGUCUACUUUUUCGGCAUCGAAUUCAGAUAAUAUUUCUACUUUGUUGGACCCGAGGUACCCGUUCAAAAACAUCGAGUCCAGCCUUUCACGCGACUUGGGACGGAUUCGUAUUGAUGAACAUUACAGCGAUACGACUAUCUCAGUCAAAGGUAAAAAUUAUGCCGUACAUAAAGUCAUCUUAGCUGCUCGCAGUUCGGUUUUUCACGCCAUGUUCAAAAGCAGAAUGCAAGAAAGCAAAGAAAACCACAUAAUCAUUACGGAUAUAGACUCGGACAUCUUUGAAGAAAUGUUACACUAUAUUUAUACGGGAAAGGCUAAUAAUUUAAAAGUAUUAGCGUACGAAUUAUUCUCCGUAGCGGAUAAAUACGAUCUUAAACACUUGAAGACCAUAUGUGAACAAGCUUUGAUCAGGAAUUUAUCAGUAGAUAACGCAGGCAAGAUUUUAACCCUGGCAGAUAUGCAUAAUGCUGAAAUAUUAAAGGUACACACUAUACAAUUCAUCAAACGAAAUGCUGCCAACGGUAACUGCAAGGAUUUCAGGAAUACAGACCUUUGGAAGAUUUUAUCUACGUCUGGUCCUGACUUGAUGAGAGAUAUGCUGGCUGCAUUCUUUGAAUAA